AUGGGCCGGGAGCAGCAGCGGCGGCGGCGGCGGGGAGGAGGCGGGCCGGAGGGGCCGCGGGCGCCGGAGCGGGCGGGCGCGGCGAGGCAGGGGCGGGCGGGGGCGGCGCUGGGGCUGGCGGUGGCGGCGGCGCUGGGGCUGGUGGCGGCGCGCUGGGGGCUGGGCGGCCCCUCCUCGGCCCUGACUCGGCACCCGGCCGCCCGCGCCCUCCCGGCCAACAGCAGCAGCAGCGCCGCGCUCUUGUGGGGCUCCUACCGGCCCCACGUCUACUUCGGCAUGAAGACGCGCAGCCCCCGCGCCCCGGCCGCAGGCUUCAUGUGGAUGCUCCAGGCCGAGGGGGACGCCCGGCUGCGCCACAGUUGCGAGCAGAGUGACCGGCUGGCCCGCUAUGGCUGGCUGCUGCACGACGGGGCCCACUUUGGGGUGCAGGAGAUCCGCGACCUCGGCCUCAGCCUGCGGACAGAGUUUGUGAAGCAGCCGGGAGGCCGGCACGGGGGCGACUGGAGCUGGAGGGUCACCGCACGGCCGGAGAGGAUGGUGGGGAGCCCGCCCCCCCUAGUUUCCCUGUUCUUCUACAUGGCAACCGAUGGCCAAGGGACGCUUCAGCCUUUGGUAGUGGAGAAGAACCGCAUGGCCUCUCUCGCAGGCACAACGGAAGAGCUGGGGGACUUCACCGUCACCUUCCAGCAGCCCACCAGUGAGGCUGGCACAGCCCCGCUCUAUGCUAGCUACAACUUCCUGCAGGCUAAGGCUGAGGGCUUGCAUCGCCUGGGCGACGUGGUGAAGGCCAGCCUCAGCCCUCGUUUUGUGCACGCGCCGCCGGGGGCCCCCAAGCGCUACUAUUUGGGGCUAGACACUUACCGGGGGCCGCCCGAGGGCACAGAGCCUCGCAGCCAGCUCCUCGUCCACCAGGUGACCGUGGCAGUGCCCUGCCGGCUGGAGGUGCUCUUUGAGUCCAGCAGCGUCGCCGGCCGUACCGAGCGUCUUGCAGGAGAGGUGCUGACCGGGGAGUUGGCCAGGCACCGAGGAGCCUUCGAGGAGCGCUUUGAGGGGACUUUUGGGCUGGCCCGCAAGGGCUUCUCUGCGCAGGAGCAGGACUUUGCCAAGGCUGCCUUCAGCAACAUGCUGGGAGGGAUGGGCUACUUCUACGGGCACUCACUGGUGCAGUCUCCGCACAGCGAGCUCCCCCAGCCCUAUCCUGAGGGCCCCCUUUUCACAGCUGUGCCAUCGCGCUCCUUUUUCCCCCGGGGCUUCCUGUGGGAUGAAGGCUUCCACCAGCUGUUGCUGAGCCGCUGGGAUCCAGCCCUCACCCAGGAAGUGCUGGCGCAUUGGUUCGACCUCAUGAACGCGGAAGGCUGGAUCCCUCGCGAGCAGAUCCUGGGCGACGAGGCCCGCGCCAAGGUGCCUGCGGAGUUCGUGGUGCAACACAGCAGUGCAGGGAACCCCCCCACCUUCUUCCUAGUGCUGCAGCAGCUGCUGUCCCAGGGCACAGCGGACGUGCCCUACCUGCGGCGCCUCUACCCUCGCUUGCAGAGCUGGUACGACUGGUACAAUCGCACCCAGGCAGGUCCGCUGCCCUACACCUUCCGGUGGCGUGGGCGCGACCAGGACACGCGGAUGUUCCUCAACCCAAAGACUCUGACCUCAGGGCUGGAUGACUACCCAAGGGCCUCGCACCCCUCCCCAGAUGAGCGCCACUUGGACCUGCGCUGCUGGAUGGCGCUCGCCUCAGAGGUCAUGGCCCAGGUGGCUGGGCGCCUGGGGGAAGCAGCAGCGGAGGACUACCGGCAGAUGGCAGAGAUGCUGGCCGACAACCGGCUGCUGGAGCGCCACCACUGGGCUGAGGCGCUGGGCACCUUUGCUGACUAUGGCAACCACACGCAGGCGGUGGCGCUAGAGCGGGAAAGGCUGCGGCCCCCUCCUCCAGGCCAGCCCCUCCCCACCCCCAGGCUUCUGCGGGUGGUUCGCAAGUCCCCCAAGCUGCAGUUUGUGGGGGGCGCCUUGGGCUACGUGAGCCUUUUCCCUCUGCUGUUGCAGCUGCUGCAGCCCGAAUCACCCCGGCUGGGCGCCCUCCUGGCAGACAUGCGCAGCGAGAAGCACCUGUGGACUCCCUUCGGCCUGCGCUCCCUCUCGCGCAGCAGCCCCCUCUACCUCAAGCACAACACGGAGCACGACCCCCCUUACUGGCGGGGGCCCAUCUGGAUCAACAUCAACUACCUGGCUGUGCGGGCCCUUCGCCACUACAGCCACCUGGAGGGCCCUUUCCGGGCGGAGGCCGCCUCCCUGUACCGGGAGCUGCGAGCCAACCUCAUCAGCAACGUCUUUCGGCAGUAUAAGGAGAGCGGCUACCUCUGGGAACAGUACCACGACAGCACAGGCAAGGGGCAGGGCUGCUACCCCUUCACCGGCUGGUCUGCCCUGGUGGUGCUCAUGAUGGCGGAGGAAUACUAGUGCCACGGGGGCGGGCAGGCAACCUUUGGACUCCGAGCAGCAACCUGUGAUCAGUGGGGCUGUGGCCUAAAAUAAAAUGAGAAAAC